GUCGUUCACCGCCAAAGAAAACCACCCCUUCCGACCAACUCGCGAGAAAUAACGUCGAACCAACCGUACCCGACCCCAUCGUUACCCGCCCCCAACCUCUUCACGGCGGAUCACAAAAAUGUCCGAAUACUGGAAGUCGACGCCAAAGUACUGGUGCAAGCACUGCAGCAUCUUCGUGCGCGACACGAAGCUCGAGCGGCAGAACCACGAGGCGACGGGCAAGCACCAGGGCGCGCUCAAGCGGUUCCUGCGCGACCUUCACCGCGGCCAUGAGCAGGAGGAGCGCGAGAAGGAGCGCGCGAAGCGCGAGGUCGAGAGGCUGAAGGGCAUCGCGCCCGGGUCGUCGGCGUCGGCGUUCUCGGCGCCCUCGUUUCCCAGGCCCGGCGGGUCGUCGGGCGCGCCGGCGCCGUCUUCGGCCGAGGCGCAGCGGAAACAGCAGAUGGAGCAGCUCGCGGGGCUGGGCGUGUCGAUACCGACGGCGUUCCGGGGCGACAUGGCGAUGGCGGGCGAGUGGACCGUCACGGCGACCAAGGUCGUCGACCCGGACGCGCCGCGAGAGAAGCCCGUCGUGGCCAAGGCGGUCGGGGUCAGGAAGCGCGAGCGGACGGAUGAGGAGAAGGAGGAGGAGGAGGCGGUGCGCGGGCUGUUCAAGAAGCGGAAAGGAUGGGGCAGCACGAGGAGGAUGCCCGAGGACGACGGGGAUCUCGACGCGCUGCUCAGCAGCAACACGCUUCUGCGGGCUGUCAAGAAGGAGGAAGACGCGGAAGAGCCUGCUGAGGCGGACGCCAAGGGGGAUGUCAAGUUGGAAGAGAGCCCCGCGGAGGAGGAGGUCAAGAAGGAGGACGGCGUGGAGGACGUAGCGCUGGCGGAUGUGAAGCCAGAUGCGCCAUCUGUCAAGAGGGAGCCUGAAGACGACGACGACGAUGCUGGCAAAGGCCUGGACGUGCCGGCUUUGGGCGAUGCAGCCGUGAAGAAGGAGGAUGAGGCGACUGCAGAAUCCGCGGAGGCCGCAGCGCCGGCCGUGGUGUUCAAGAAGCGCAAGCCCAAGAACAUUCGUCAAAAGUGACUUUUUUGAGGGGGGGAAGGGAACCGGAUCUGUGCAUAGCGACGGCGUUAGGUGGGAGGGAGGACUCGGUCACCCUCUGCACACAAGAGGGGCAACACUUCGGCAGUCCAGCCAUUUGUUUGUGUUUUGAAAUGAUACCAUGCGGACUUUUUGUUAGUCUCUUUCUUUCUCUCAUUCUCUCUCAUGUUCUCUCUGUUUGUCUCUUCCAAAAGGGUGCUUGUUUCCUGUUUACUCUGUAGGUGGCAGGCAUAUCACGAUACGCCCCCAACGACAACCCUCCCCGACUUCCGCCCUCCCCCCCUCCCCCGAU